CAAUCGGACGUGUUCGUUCUCUCCUAUCCUCGUCUGCCCCGUCGGCCUGGCUCCUACGCGUUAAGAAUAUCACUGACGUGUCCCCGUGCGAGGAUCGGCUUAUCAGCUUACGUACGUUCGUGCAAUUCGUCGGUUCGCCUCGGCUGUCGCCGAUAAGUUUACCCCGGCCCCGCGCGCAUAGAAUUAGCCAGGCAAUACCGCCAGUCAUUGGGCUGCAAGCGAACAGAAAUCUCCCGUGCAACACCCAGAGUCCGAGAGAAGACACCGAGUUUGAGGCCAGCGGCGAAUCGAGCGACAAGCAAAAUUAUGGCAUCGGCCGCGAACUUCAACGUUUUUCUCAACAAUUGCUUCAGCAGCACGCUAAAUGCACCGGUCAGGCAACACUUGAAGAAUGUCUACGGUUGCCUGUCUCUGUCCACCGUGUCGGCAGCGGUUGGGGCUUACGUGCACAUGUACACGCAAUUCUUGCAGGCCAGUUUCUUGACAACCAUCGGCACCUUGGGCCUGCUUAUCGCGUUAAUGUCAACACCCGACAAUGGCAAGAACCAAAAACUGCGUCUCGGCUACCUCCUGGGAUUCGCAUUCUUGUCCGGUCUUGGUUUGGGUCCUUUGCUCGAGUUGGUUGUCAGUAUAGACCCGAGUAUUGUGAUGACGGCAUUAAUCGGUACGACGGUCAUCUUCGUUUCCUUUAGUCUCUCCGCACUUUUGGCUGCACGUGGCCGUUGGCUGUAUCUUGGCGGCACUUUGAUGAGCAUGCUGAAUGUCAUGAUCCUGUUCUCCCUCGCUAAUCUGUUCUUGCGCUCGACCUUCAUCUACCAAGCACACUUAUAUGUGGGAUUAUUCGUGAUUUGCGGCUUCGUUAUUUACGAUACGCAGCUGAUCAUCGAGAAGUAUCAUAUUGGCAGCAGGGACUUUAUCAUGCACUCCUUGGACUUGUUUAUCGAUUUCGUUGGCGUUUUCCGACACCUCCUUGUGAUACUUACGCAAAAGGAAUUGUCCAAGGACUCACGUAAGCGUAAAGAUUGAGCGAAAACAAGACGAGUAAUCGCGGUGCAUUCAAGUAAAUCCAUAAACUAGAGGUCUUCAUGUAAUCUAUCCAUACCUAAGUAUCUGUGUACAUAUACAUACCGGAAAAAUUAUAUAAAUACCGAUAUACAACCACGUCAUACACGUAUAUAUGCAUAACAUCUCUUUAGCGAACGCGAGACUAUAUACAUAUAUUUACUAUAUUGAAAAAAAAAAAGAGGAAAAUGUUGAAUACAGUUCAUUUACUAUAAAUGAAGUUUGGCUUCUCUUGCGUCCGAUUACUUAUAGACGAAGACAUGCCGCAAAUUUAUUUUCGUCAUGUCUCUGAGUUAUAUAAUUCUCCAUCAGAUUUGUAUACAUAUAUAUAUAUAAUAUAACAUAAAUUAGCUGUGUAUUAUAUUUUCAACUUUCAAUAAACGAAUUUUCCCAAA